CCUUCAAUCCCAGAUAGACUUGCUUUAUUUCUCCCCAGUAAGCCCAGUAACGGGGCUUCUUGCAACAGCGCAAAUGUGUUUUGGGGAGAAUUCACCAACAUUUGGUAUUUCUAGGGCAGGCAGGAUUUGUGCCAUCCCUCCCUCCCUGCUGUCUGUCUUUCCCUCCUCAGAUGAAAGCCUGGAUCUAUGAUUCGGGGCAGAAAGUGGAAAUUUUCAUCCCUUUUCUGGACUACAGCCGUCCGCCCUCAAGGCGCUGCUGCCAGACCUGCACCCCGAUGAGCUGGGGUCGUUUCUACCACCAGCAACUCUCCUCUCUUGGCUUCCGCGACGUCAUCCGGGUGACAGAGGAGGACACGCGGUACCGGGGCUGGCUCGUCCGAAGGGUCUGUGGUUUCCUUGCUGUCUGGGACUGGAAAGUUCCUGCUGACACCCCCAGAGACCUCCCCUCGAGGAUCUGCUGCAGCAAGAGGGUACGGGAUGUCACUACCGGCUGGUCCCGUGGCUCCAGCGGGGACAGCGAAUCCCACUGGCCAUGGAAGGAGGAAAUACUCAAGAUCCUGGCUGAAAUCCAGGCCCCGCUCUCCCUCCUCAUGCUGAGGCUGUGCAACUGGGCUUUACUCAAGCUUCUGAACUGCCUCUUCCUCAACGUGCAGCUCCACCGAGGGCAGCUGGAGAUGGUGCUGAGGGCCCGCAAGACGCCCGACGUGCCGCUGGUUUUUCUCUCCACACACAAAUCCCCGCUGGAUGGGUUGCUCCUGUCCUUCCUCCUCUUCUCCCAGGGGCUGGGGGUGCCCAGGGUGACAGUGGGCGGCCAGGCCUGCAGCUCUCGCCUCCGAGCCCUGCUCAGCCGCCUGGGAGGAAUUUUCCUGCCCUUGAGGAUGGGACAGAUGCCAAGCAAACAGGAUGAAGGGCUCCCAGGGGCUGUCCUAGCUGUGUACAUCGAGGAGGUGCUGAGGAGCCAGCAGCCUCUGCUCAUCUUCCUGGAAGAGCCCUCUGUCACCCAGCACCUCUCGGCCCCUGCCCGGGAGUGGCUGGCCCUGGUGUACCGAGCUGUGCGGGACGGCGCUGUCCCCGACGUCCUCCUGGUCCCCAUGGGCAUCGCCUACGACGUCGCCCCUGGCGCUUUGUGCCGGGAAGGAGCGCGUGGGGCUCAGCCCCUUGGCCUUGGCACUUGCCUCUGGGCAGCGUGUCAGGCCAUGCGCCGAAACUUCGGCUGCGUCCAGGUAGACUUCGCCCAGCCCUUCUCCUUACAGGAAUUCGUGGCCAAAAACCUCGUCGGGCAGAGCUGCCCGGGGAACCCGCUGGAGGAGCUGCUGUUGCCCACCAUCCUCGGCACAUGUCCCAGCCAGCUGGAACAGAAGAAAGCAGUGGUUUGUGGUCCUGGCCCAGCAACGGCUGUGAGUUUGAAGGCAGAAGAGGAAAUACUGGUGACCAAGCUGGGCCUGCACUGCCUGAGCGACGGCGUUUCCUGCUCGGCAGUCAUGGCUGUGGCCAUCACGUCCGUGCUGCUGCUGCACAAGCACCGGGAGGGCGUCUUCUUCUCCCGGCUGAUGCAAGAUUUUGCCUGGCUGCUGGAGAAGAUCCUGCUGGGCCAGCAUGACGUGGGCUUCUCGGGGCAGCUCUGUGUCCUGGUGCAGCACAGCCUCAUCCUGCUCAAAGCCCAUAUCACCUGCUACCACCUCUCCCCCAUCGGUGACAUCGCGGUGGUCCCUAAGGCCUCGGCGGAGGCCCUGAGCGUGCUGAGCCACCACAGCGCUGCCAUCCUGCCCGUCUUGGCCCACGAGGCAGUGGGAGCCUGUGCCAUCCGCGCCUUGCUGGCGGAGAUGCUGCCCUUCCUGAGAGUGCCCGUCAGCCUCUCCAGCGUUGUGGUCAGCCAGGACGAGCUGCACCGCAAGACCCUGGAGCUGCUCCGGCUGCUCCCCCUAAACCUUCUGGGGCUCCAGCCCUGCCAGCCCCUCGACUACCACAGCCAGGACAUCAUGGACAAGCUCCUCCUGUGUGGGUUGCUGGAGGCUGAGGAGCCGGGGAGCGAGCACUGGGGCAAGGGCCGGCCCUGGGCCAGGAUGGACUUCAGCGACAGUGACAGCGACAGCGAGAGCAGCGUCCCCAGGCGCUGCUUCAAGCUCAGCGAGCCUCAGGGCUCGCCCGGCUUCCUCCUCUUCCUCUGGCGGCUCCUGAGCCCUGUGCUGAGGACUUACACCAGAGCGGUGGCUUUCCUGGGCCGACCCAGCUGGCCCCAGACUGAGGCAGCCUACGUGGAGGCGCUGCUGCAGUUCCUGGCCGAGGAGGACAGUGUCGAGUACCCCAACAGGAGCCUGGCCCUCAGCUCUCUGCAGGCCUUCAAGGAGAUGGGGGUGCUGGAGGAGGUGCAGACCCCCGCCGGCCCCCUGCUCCACCUUGCCCAGCCUUUCCACUCCAGCGUGAACCGGGGGAAGCUGGAAGCCUUCAUCCAGCAGUUCCUCGAGCCGUAGCAGCCACCGUCGUGCCAAUAAAUCUGGGAGCAGGU